AAUCCGCUUUCAGGACCCUGAAAAGUUGGGCUAGAUCUUUUUUUUUUUUAACAAGCGGCAUACAUGCACUUGUUUAUGUAGUAUUUAAAUAGUGCAUUUUAAAGGGAUUCGUUGUAUUUCUAAUUUUAAAAAAGCAUACAUAUUGACUGAAAAGAUCACGUGAUGGUGCUAACUCAGCAGACUCUCUGAAAUGUUUUAUUUAUUUAUUUACUGCUUAAUUAGAGGAAAACCAGAAAUGAAAGAAUGAACCUCUAACGUCCUUAGAAAACGUGACUAAGCUUUAGGCAGCAGUGUAUUUCCACAAAAUAUGCACCAUGAAGUCAACCAGCUUUUCUUCUAGCCCUGCUAAAUACUAUGAUAACAGUGCCUCCAUUUUGUCUCUGGAAUCGAGUGUCUUCUGUAGUGAACAGCACAUAAAUGAAAACCCUUUAGAUUUUUUUAUUAUAAAUGUGGGAGGUAGCAGGUAUGUGCUAACUCAAGAAAUGCUGGCAUCCUACCCUGAAACACGCCUCGGUAAGCUAGCACUGUCAGCACAGGAGGCUGUGUUGGACCUUUGUGAUGAUGCUAACUUUGUGGACAACGAAUUCUUUUUUGACAGAAAUUCGCAGACCUUCAAAUACAUCAUGAACUAUUAUAAGACAGGACGUUUACACGUAAUGGAGGAGCUUUGUGCAAUUUCAUUCCUGCAAGAGAUUGAGUACUGGGGCAUUGAUGAGCUUAGCAUUGACUCCUGUUGUAGAGACAAAUAUUACAGAAGAAAGGAAAUGAGUGAAACUCUGAAUGUACAGAAGGAUUCAGAACCAGUGGAGAAUGAAGAUGAGGACUUUUCUGGAGUAAUCUGUGAAAAGCUGCGGCAGAAGCUUUGGGAGGUUAUGGAGAAACCAGACUCUUCUAAGUCUGCAAAAACUUUUGGUACAUUAUCUGUAGUUUUUGUGCUCAUUUCCAUUGCAAACAUGUCUCUUAUUUCACUCGAUUUGAGCACACUAGAACCCUCUUUCUUGAAUGCAUUGGAAUAUAUUUGUAUAACAUGGUUUACAGGGGAGUUGGUAUUGAGAUUCAUAUGUGUGAAGGACAAAUGCAAGUUCAGUAAACGUGUGAUCAACAUAAUAGAUCUUCUUGCUAUCUUACCUUUUUAUGUUACUGUUCUGGUUGAGAAUUUCCAUGGCGGCUCCUCAGAACUGGAAAAUGUAGGAAAGGUUGUUCAGAUCCUGAGGCUGAUGAGAGCACUGAGAAUGCUGAAACUGGGAAGACAUUCCACAGGCCUUAAAUCCCUAGGUAUGACUAUCACCCUGUGUUAUGAAGAAGUCGGCAUGCUCCUACUUUUCCUUUCCGUGGGAAUUUCCAUUUUCUCCAACAUAGAAUAUGCUGUUGAACACAACAUGCCUGACACAUACUUUACAAGUGUCCCCUGUGCAUGGUGGUGGGCUACCACUUCUAUGACAACAGUUGGCUAUGGGGAUAUAAGACCUGACACCACAGUAGGCAAGAUAGUGGCCUGCCUGUGCAUCUUGUCUGGCAUUCUCAUCUUAUCUCUGCCGAUUGCAAUCAUCAAUGACAGGUUUUCUGCCUGUUAUUUUACAUUAAAGAUGAAGGAGACUGUGCUACGAAACCGUGAAGUACUUGCAAAGCUUACCAAAAAUUUCCCCUCAGAUGCUGUUGUCAACUUAAAUCUGAGAGACAUUUAUGCACGGAGUGUCGUGGAAAUAUUACGGUUAAAAAGCAGGGAGAGGGCAAGUACUAGAAGUAGCGGAGGAGAUGAUUUGUGGUGGUAGGACAGUUUUAUCAUGCCCAUGCUAGUAAACAGCAUGAUUCAUAUGUGAAAUAAUACAAAUAAUUAUAAAAAAAAAAAAGGUUUGUGUUAAUACUUUUUUUUUUCAUGGGGUAUCCAGCAAAGCUGAUAAGAACAUAAGAAGAACAUAAUAAAGUUUACAAACGAGAGGAGGCCAUUCAGCCCAUCUUGCUCGUUUGGUUGUUAGUAGCUUAUUGAUCCCAGAAUCUCAUCAAGCAGCUUCUUGAAGGAUCCCAGGGUGUCAGCUUCAACAACAUUACUGGGGGGUUGGUUCCAGACCCUCACAAUUCUCUGUGUAAAAAUGCUGAACUUCAGAUCUGGAGAGUAACCUGUCCCCAGCAGUUUGGGUUAAUAACUGUUUAUAUUUCUAUGUGUUACUUAUUUUAUCUUAAAAAAAAUGAUUUAUAGUAAUCCUGCGGUGCCUCAUAUUCCUGGCAGGGAUAUGUAAAUAUGGGCAGAUUUCUUAUUUUCCCCACAGUUUUAAUUGGCACUUACAAUACAGUGUUUCCAAAAUUGUAUUGCUCCAAAAACAGUGUUUGUAAUGUAAAAUUACCUAUGGUGAAGUGAAAAUACUGAAAUCAUAAAAAAAAAAAAAGAUUUGCAACAGAAUGAAUGCCUCACUGAUGUUUAUGGCUAUGCUGUUGAUGUUUUAUUCAAAACAUCACAGAUGAUGCCCUUUACAGUUAAAAGGUUGAGCAAAUUGUGCAGUAAACAAACACAUUUUUUAUAUUUUAUAGGUUUUUGCAAAUUGAUCUUGAGAUAAAAGGUAAACCUCAUAUGAAUUCUAAAUUACCCUUUUAUUACAUUGACAACUUUAUUAGAAUAUUUUGAUGAGAUCAAGUUGAAACUGAAAAUUGUUAGCGUACUGUAUAAACAAUAUUUUUAAUUUAUCAAUAUAGUAAAUAUAUAGUGAAUGUAAUUUAUUUGUAACAUUUGUUUUUAAUAUAAGCCGUAACGGCAAGUACACAUUUUCAGUCUUGAACUGUAGGCUUAAAACUGAAGAUUCAUGUGUCAAGAUAACAAAUCACUGCAAACAAGGUUUAUGGCACCUUUUUUUGAGCAAGAACCGGUUCAUUGCCAUCACACCCUGGGCUGUCAUAAAAGUCAAACAUGAUUUUGCCUGUUUCAAAAAAGUGUAACAUAUCAAGUGCUUACUGUUAUGGCUUCAGUUAUUAAAACACAAAUAUGUGAAGGUUUUCAUGUUAAAAUGUAUUUAUUCAACAUUGAUACUGUCCUGCUUCCCACUGUUUGUAAUGUAUUUCAUUAUAAUAUGCAAUAAAGCAAAGCUACAAAACAUAUUAGUUUAAAAGAGAAUGAUUAUUUUCCAUAACCUAAACUAAAGAGGAAAAGUCGUAAAUAAGAAAGACCUUUCUCUAGAGUGCAAGUAUGUCUAAUGUGAUCUUGAUAACACAUGCACUGGUGUGCAAAGAAGAUAGCAAGGAAAAAGACAAGCCAUAUAAACAAGAACAAAGGGACUGCAUGUUGUGACAGUUGCCAUAUGAUUGUGUUAGGGUUAAAUCAUUGUAUACAACUUC